AUGAUCAUAUUAUCAAUAGUACUAGUUUUACUUUCAAACGCCGUCAAUAUAAGACGAGAUUUAUCGAUACUAUUUAAUAGAAUAUCGAUAUUAAUAUUAAUUUAUUGUAUUUUACAUGAUAUGUCUUCUUUAGCUGUUAUAACUAAAGGAGUAGGUUUACACGGUGGUUUAUUACUUAUGUCAAAUAUCACACAAAUAUUCCAUAUUUUUAUAUUUUUAGUUAGUAUAUUAAUAUUACAAUUAACUAGUUUUUAUCCUAGAAAAGUAUGAGUAUCAGAAUAUUCUUCUUUAAAAGAUUUAUUGUUAUAUAAAUUUAUUUAUUAUAAUACAAAAAUAAUAAAUAAAAUGGGAGAACAUUUUAAAAUUAUUGAAUAUCCUUUAAUUAUAUUAUUUGUAAUUACAGGUGCAGUAUUAUUAAUGUCUACUAAUGAUUUAGUAUCUAUUUUCCUGGCAAUAGAAUUACAAAGUUAUGGUCUUUAUAUAUUAAGUACUAUAUAUAGAAAUUCUGAAUUAUCUACUACAGGUGGUUUAAUAUACUUUUUAUUAGGAGGAUUAAGCUCAUGUUUUAUCUUAUUAGGAACUAGUUUAUUAUAUGCUAAUUCAGGUACUACUAACUUAGAUGGUUUAUACAUCAUAACUAGUAUAAGUGAUCUUUCUACGAAUUUAUGAUAUACACCUUAUUAUAUUAAUCUUUCUUUAGUAAUUUUUACAAUAGGAUUCUUAUUUAAAGUAAGUGCAGCACCAUUCCAUUUUUGAUCGCCUGACGUUUAUGACGCUAUACCUACAAUAGUGACAACAUUCGUAGCUAUAAUAGCCAAAAUUUCUAUAUUUAUAUUAUUAUUACAAUUAGUAUAUUAUACUAACAGUAGUUUUUCAGAAAUGAGUUGAACAUUUAUUUUAUUAAUAAGUUCACUAUUCUCAUUAAUAAUAGGAACUGUAGUAGGUUUAACUCAAUUUAGAAUAAAAAGAUUAUUUGCUUAUAGUACUAUAUCUCACGUAGGGUUUAUACUUUUAGCAUUAGGUAUAUCUAGUGUAGAAUCUACUCAAGCAUUUAUAUUCUAUUUAACACAAUAUUCUAUAAGUAAUUUAAAUGCAUUUGUUAUAUUAAUAGCUAUAGGGUUCUCUUUAUAUUGUUAUAUAAGUGAAAACAAAGAACAUGAAGAAUUAAUGGACAAAAAUAAUUCACCUAUCCAAUUAGUAACUCAAUUGAAAGGUUAUUUUUAUAUAAAUCCUUUCUUAGCUAUAAGUUUGGCUAUUACUAUAUUUUCAUUUGUAGGAGUUCCACCUUUAAUAGGAUUCUUUGGAAAACAAAUGGUGUUAAGUGCAGCCUUAGAUAAAGGUCUUAUUUUCUUAUCUUUAAUAGCGAUAUUAACUAGUGUUAUAGGAGGAGUUUAUUAUUUAGGUAUAAUAAAAGAAAUGUUCUUUAGUCUACCUGAAUAUAAAAUAAAUCCAUUAUUGGAAAAUCUAGUAUUAAAAGGUAAUGUUUUAGAUAAUAAUCAAAAAAUAAUUAAUAAAUUAAACUUUAACUAUAAAAAUAUAGCUAUAUCAAGUCCUAUUUCUUUUGUAAUUUCUAUAAUUACACUUGUUAUUCUAUUAUUUUUAUUUAUGAACAAAGAAUGGCUAAGCAUGGGUACCAUAUUGGUACAAAUUUUAUUUAACAAUUAA